AUGACCAAUUCAAACGGCACAACCUUCAUCCAACCGAAAGAAUGUUACAACGCACGCGACACCAUGCCCACCCUCCCGAACAACUUAAACUACUACAACCAAGUCCCACUAUACCAAGAACGCAACCCAAGCACAGACAUGCAAGAAGUACUGCAAUCGUGCUGUUCGCAUCGUGUCUGGAUUUUCGAGGAUCCGGAUCCCUGCACGGCUGUUUGUCCUUCUUUUUCGGAUGCCGAGACGCAGCGGGUCAUGUAUUGUCUUAAUGCGCAUCAGGUUGUGCAUGGGAGUCGGGCCGUGAAAUCUGGUGCUGGGCGGGUACAGGUUUCUUGGGGGUCUUUUGUUGUUGGGGGGCUGCUUUUGCUGGCUGCUUUUGUGUAA